AUGGCUGCUACUGGUCUCCCCGCUGGAUGGGAGGUUCGUCACUCGAACUCCAAGAACCUGCCUUACUACUUCAACCCUUCCACCAAAGAGUCCCGUUGGGAACCUCCCGCCGAUACCGAUACAGAGACGCUCAAGGAAUAUAUGGCGACUCACCAUUCUGUGGCGCACCCACAUGAUGUCAGUGGACAAGGAGAGGGCAAGAUUCGUUGCAGUCAUCUCCUUGUGAAGCACCGUGACAGCCGUCGCCCAAGUAGCUGGCGAGAGGCUGAGAUUACUCGGUCUAAGGAGGAGGCUAUCCAGAUUCUGAAAGGCUACGAAGAACGCAUUCAGUCCGGUGAAUCCCUAGGUGAUAUUGCUGUCUCGGAAUCGGAUUGCAGCAGCGCCAGGAAGAAGGGUGAUCUUGGCUUUUUCGGACAUGGUGAGAUGCAAAAGGAGUUCGAGGAUGCGGCCUUUGCGCUGCAGCCUGGUCAAGUCAGUGGCAUUGUGGAAACAGCCUCUGGCGUCCAUCUCAUUCAACGACGCCCUCCUGUUUCUUCGUUCAAAACAAUCUUAUCUUACCCCGGGGUUCCAGAGGAUUUCAAGCCCCCAGAGUAUCUCACUAUCCCCGAUGAGCUUCGUCAGCAGCACGCAAGACUUGCUGAUGCCGCGGGGGCUGUGAUCAAUGGUCUGCGCAUACUUCAAGGUGUUUUAGACAACCAUCUCAUCGGUCUUUGCCCCGAAAUGAGCGGUCCCAUUCUCGAGCAGCAUAUCAGUGCCCUUCGACGCCUCGACAGCUGGAGGGAAAACACCCUCGUCAGAAACCCAAGUCUUCUCCCGGCUGCUAAGAUCCCCAGCUUCGCCCUUCAACUCACCGUGUACAAACCGGCCUACGAGGAUCUUACGACCCUUUUCAACCUACGUACAUGCCGCCUCCUUUCAAGAGAAUGGGCGAGCUACUGCUUCAAAAGCACAGCCAUUCAUGUCGAGGCGGCACGGCGGCUGGGUGCCGAGGAGUACGAGGCAUGGCUUUACUGGUGGAGAGUUGAGUUUCAGCCUCGUGAAAGAGAGUGGCAGUCUUAUGUCCGCAGAAUGAUCCUGCCAACGUGGGAGCAGGCCAUGUCUUCACUGCACCUCAUGAUCUGGGAGUGUGCUGAGGAGCCUCGAACUGUGAUCAGAAAUAUGAUGUCUUCUGAGGAGUACGACUACCACGUCAACAUCAUCUAG